UUCCGCCAUUCCUGGGUUCGGACCGGCUCGGCUCCUCGUCGCCGGCCGGCGUGCGUGCGUCGUCGCGGAGGACAGACACACCAGCAGGGGCAAAGUACGGGACUGCCCCUCGCGAGCAACUAUAAAUAGCCGGCCGGCGCCGCCCUCUAGAAGAUUCUCGCCGGCCGCAACCGCAACCGCCAAGAGAGCCGCCCCUCGGAUUCCCCCCGCCCGCCACCCCACCUCAAUCCAACCCACUGCCGUACGUAGCCGUCCCCAACUCACCAUCCACCCCCCACCGGGAGUCGCCAGCUCCCACACCCAUAAAGGGCGCCGCGAUGGCCGCCGCGUAGGCCCCCGCGCGCGGGCGGGCGGGCGGAUGGCCGACGGCAGCGACGGGGAGGGCGCGGGCGAGAGCUGCUGGCCGCCCCCCGCCGCCGCCGCCUCAGCCCACGGCGGCGGCGGCGGCGGGGUGCAGCUGUCCGACGUCCGGCGGGAGAUCUACGACCGCCUGCGCGCCGUCGGCAACCACGAGGCGCUCUCCGACCCCUUCUUCGACCGCGUGCUCGAGGACCACUACGACCGCCUCCCGGCCAGCUACUACAUCGACCUGGACGUGAACAAGGCCGAGGACGUGCUGCUGCACCGCCGGAUCCUCGCCGAGUGCGCCGACCCCGACAACCGCCCCGUCUUCCACGCACGCUUCCUACGGUACCUUCAUGACGACAAACCGUCGGAUGCCGACUCUGCUCCGAAUCAAAACGGUAAUUGUGGGGGCUCUCUGGCUUCCAAUCUGAGCAACAGCAACAGCAACGGCGGGUUAAAAGGAUUUGACGAGCGGCUCAUGGAAGACCUCAGCUUGGGGCGAAGAAAAGGCAUCGACGACUUCGAGGCCAUCUCCGCAAGGAGGGAUACAGAAAUUCCCCUUCUUCAUGAAAUUAUCUUUUCUUCCAAUGACAAGCCAAAGCUCCUUAGUCAGCUAUCUACGCUGCUGUCGGAUCUUGGAUUGAACAUUCGUGAAGCUCAUGUGUUCUCCACAACGGAUGGAUUGUGUUUGGAUGUGUUUGUUGUUGAUGGCUGGGAAACAGAGGAGACAGAUGGUUUGCUGCAGCAGCUUAAGGAGACAGCAAAACGUAAUCCCUCAUUAUCGAAUCUAACAAGUUCAGCCUCGGAGAGAAUAUCAGAGCUGCAAGAAAAGAUUGGAGAAUCUGAAUUUGACAGGGAUCUGUUGCAGAUUGUAGAAAAGAUUGCGUCCGGAUCUUCUGGAGACUUAUAUCGAGGAACUUACCUUGAUGUGGAUGUUGCAAUAAAAUUCCUUAGAACUGAACAUGUUAACGAUAAUUCAAAAGUGGAGUUUUUGCAAGAAAUAAUGAUUUUAAGGAGCGUUAAUCAUGAAAAUGUCGUUCGCUUUUACGGGGCUUGCACAAAACAGCGAAAGUAUCUCAUUGUAACGGAGUACAUGGCUGGAGGCAAUCUGUAUGACUUCCUUCACAAGCAUAACAAUACCUUGGAGCUUUCCUUGAUUCUUAAGAUUGCUAUUGGCAUCUCGAAAGGGAUGGAUUAUUUGCACCAGAAUAACAUCAUCCAUAGAGACUUGAAGUCUGCCAAUUUAUUAAUUGGUGAUGGUCAAGUCGUGAAGAUUGCAGAUUUUGGUGUCUCUCGUCAACGAUCGCAACAGGGAGAUAUGACUGCUGAAACUGGCACCUACAGAUGGAUGGCACCUGAGGUGAUAAACCAUAAGCCUUAUGAUCACAAGGCAGAUGUCUUCAGCUUUGCUAUUGUUCUAUGGGAGUUGGUCACUUCAAAGGUCCCGUAUGAGAACCUGACACCAUUGCAAGCGGCACUGUCAGUGAGGCAGGGACUUCGCUUGGUGAUUCCCUCGGGCGUGCAUCCGAGAAUAUCUAAAUUGAUUCAACGGUGCUGGGGCGAAAACCCCCAUACACGACCUGUUUUCUCUGAGAUCACCGCGGAACUUGAAGAUAUCUUGCAGCCUAUUCAGGCCGCCUCCAGCUCCAAAGGAGGCCAUCGACAUACCAAACAAAAGAUACAGAUGAAAUCACAGCGAUAGAAAGAAGGCGCCUGCUCAUGAAGCCGGACCCACUUUUUCACAUUGUCGCCCACUAAAAAGCGCGACAUGCACACACCGUCUCCUGUAUAUAUGUCAUGUACAUAAAUUUUGUGCUCGGUUGUUUUGAUUCCCCCCUAAAGUACUCACAGGACGAACUGGGUUAAGUUAGCACACCCGUGCUACAUAACCUGAGUGAUAUAGUUUUAUGUUUGAUGUGGUUAUUUGUUUUGCGAGUGGCUUAUAGUUCGGUGUGUUUGAAUUUUGGUUCAUGUACGAUUAUGAGUUCGUCUUGUAAGGAACAUGAGAUGAAAAUGCCACUAUCACAUGUUCCAUUUUGGUUAUUAUUUAAUAUAUUUUCUUGUCUGGAACACGAUAAAUUAACAAGCUUUUGCAGCUUCGUUUGGAAUCAUAUUUUUGCAGGAAACAAUAAUAAUUCGGUGGCCACAGGAAUCGAGGGAAAAAAUGAUCCUGUAUGUGGUUGGGCUUGGCCCAGUAAUUAUCACCACGUGACCAUCUCGGCUCUCGGGUAAUGGAUCUCUUGGCCCAGUUGACAUAUUUACUAUUUCCAUUCCAAGAGAAAAAAAGGUAGAUCUCAAAAAAGAAAAAAGAGGAAAAAAAAUAUUGCUAGUAUGCUCCUAUUCCGGUGUUUUCUAGAUGUCAGGGAGGGGCACAGAGGAGCAUGGUGUUCUGUGUCGGUUUGUUUAUUGUCCUUCAGCAUCCUUUCCCCUUUCUAGAAAAUAUCUAAUAUCCUAUAUUUUUGCAGGAAACAAUAACAACUCUCAGCGGCGGCAGAAAUUGAAAGAAAAAAAAAACCGUAUGGGAUUGGGCUAGGCUCAUUUGUAUGAACAUACUUCAUCUCGGGUAAGGUUCUCUUGGCCCAAUUGGCGUAUUUUUUAUUUCCAUUCCAAGAGAAAAGGAUAGAUCUAAAAAUAAUAAUGUAAAAAUGGUCUCGCUGGCAUGCUCCUAUUCCAGUGCUUUCUAGAUGCAGGGCGGAGCGCGGAGGGGCACGGUCGGUUGUCGGUUUGCCCAUUAUCCUUUAGGGUCCUAUCCCCUUUCUAGAAAAUAUCAAAUGCCCUAUAUUAGCUCGACCACUCUUUUAUUGUCGCAACAUGCAUAUAUAUACACACGACUAAAUCCCUGAACCUCGUGCAGAAACUAUGUGCUAUAACUUGGUAACCAACGCCAUUGUUUUCCUUCAUUUUUGUUUACUCAUCGACAUCUUCACAGCAAGUUUAUGAAGAAAUGCUUAUUUCUGUGUACUAUCUCAGCUUGAACCUCCGUCAGAGCUCAGAAGACAGGUUCUAUGCAACUGAGAGGUAUUGUGCCUAUGCAAUUUGCUUAUUAGAAUUCCUUGUCUUGGCAGGUGAUAAACCAUAAGCCUUGCGAUCAUAAGGUAACUUUAUGAAGGUCCUGCGCGAAAAUCUAACACCAUUGUAAGUUGCACUGUCAGGAAGACACAGGGACUUUGCUUAGUCAUCCCCUCGAGCGUGCAUCCGACAUUGUCUAAAUUGAUUCAACGGCGUUGGGGCGAAAACCUACAUAUGCGCCCGUUUUCUCCAAGAUCACCGCAUAACUGGAAGAUAUAUUGCGGCCUAUUCAGGCCCCUCCAGCUCCAAAGGAGUCCAUGGACAUUCCAAACCAAAGAUAAUUAAAUCACGUCGGCACAACACCCUCUAUUGAUCUUCCAUUUUGAGCCAAUAAAAUUCACCCUUUGUCGAAAAAGAACACCCUCUAUUUUCACAUUGUCGCGUUGAAUAAUCGUGUGUGUGUGUGUGUGUGUGUGUGUGUGUGUUUGUCGACUGUCCCCUGUAUGUUUGUCAUGUAUAUUGAAUUUUGUGCUCGGUCUCCUAAAAUACAUGCCGGGAGAACUGGGUUAGGUUGUCGCACGCUCGUGCAACAUAACCUAGGUGAUAUAGUUUUAUGUGUUGCACGGUUUUUUGUUUUGCAAGUGGCUGGUAGUUAUGUACCCUUUGCAUUGAGGUUCAUGUACAAUGAUCAGUUGGUCUUGUAAGAAAGAACAGAUGAAAAUGCCAUCACAGUUUCCAUUU